AUGGACCCUAUCAGUAUCUCAUCGCGAGACCAGACCAAGAGUACUGCCAUUAUAUUUCCGCAAUUCCAGUCACUUCACAGUCAAACGGAGGCAAGUCUGUACUGGGGUCUGGAGAUGAUAGGAUAUCAUGCUUCACGACUCCAAAACCUUAGCCAGACUUGCAACCAGUCGAGUACUUUUUUCGGGCUCACAAGAGAACAGAAGGCUGGCGAAGAUACGGUUUAUUUCAAUACUUUCCUUACGCCGGAACAAAUCCCCAGCAGAAUCGACCCCGGAAAUUCUUCGAAAGACAGUGACAACAACACCUUCCUGCUCGGCGGGUACCGAGAUGUUCAAUCGUUGGAAUCGUGGAGCUUGACUUCUGGUAUUGAUCUGCUAGCGCAAUACAAGCUCGGCUGGGAAAAUAGUUGGAGCGGUUUCGUCCCUCUCUCCAAUACCUCCGAGCCUCUGGAGUCGUAUCUUCUCCUGAUGGAUGGACUGGUAAAGUCUUUGUACGCAACUAUCCAAGCACACCUGGGCCAACCCGUACUUUCCAACAUCGUCGCUGAUCCCCAACGGCUGAUCGAAUUCGUCAACGCGAGCAUGCAGUUCGAUCCCUUGACGAGGAAUGCACUCGACCACGACGUGGCGAAAGUGUUGCACAUGCUAUUUGGAUUGCCUCCCGUCACACGUGACGCAAUACUAAGAAACCCGGAAGCUUUUUAUCAAUUGUUCAAGACGGGGGUCCCAGUGGUUAAACCGGCCGUUCUCAACGCGCAAUACCUGUGCCAAGUUCCCAAGAUAAAAAAUGCAGGCUCGCUGAUCGUCAGCAUCAUCGUCGCCGACCUGGUUUUCCUCCAGGUGCUCUGGAAAAUUCUCAACUGGACUAUUGUUCGGAUGGUGGAAUGGCGAUACCCUCAAGCCAAUUACUGCGCUGGUUGCAAGGAGACUGCAAGCAUGACGGUGGUAGGAAAUGACGAGGAUGGCAUGACAAAGAUAUCUUUUAUGACAACGAGGAACAGUGAGAACGUGGGAUAA